AUGGCUUCAACAGCAGCAUCACCAGCCUUCUGUGCCAUCCCAAAGAUCUCAUCAACCGCCACUAGGACCGCCACCUCCACCACUCGAUUCCGACUAAAGACCCCUCUUCGCGGCCUGGGUUUCGCUGGAGCCGCUGCUGACCCACUUCUCGCCCACCAUGUCGCCACCAAGCUUCGAUCUUCAAAGAGCUCUUCUGCCAAGCCCGUGAGGGGCGUAGCCUCCAUGGCUAAGAAGAGUGUCGGAGACCUCACCGCUGCCGACCUCAAGGGUAAAAAGGUGUUUGUUAGAGCUGAUUUGAAUGUCCCACUUGAUGAUAAUCAGAACAUUACUGAUGAUACUAGGAUUAGAGCUGCUGUUCCCACCAUUAAGCACUUGAUUAGCAAUGGUGCUAAAGUUAUUCUUUCAAGCCAUUUGGGACGACCAAAAGGUGUCACUCCGAAAUUCAGCCUUGCACCCCUUGUUCCCAGGCUAUCUCAACUGCUUGGUGUCUCGGUUGUGAAGGCUGAUGACUGCAUUGGUCCAGAGGUCGAAAAGUUGGUCGCUUCACUUGCUGAUGGUGGCGUUCUUCUCCUUGAGAAUGUUAGGUUUUACAAAGAGGAAGAAAAGAAUGACCCUGAUUUUGCAAAGAAUCUCGCGUCAUUGGCUGAUAUAUAUGUGAACGAUGCAUUUGGUACUGCACACAGAGCACAUGCCUCUACCGAGGGAGUUACAAAAUUCUUGAAGCCCUCAGUUGCUGGUUUCCUUUUACAAAAGGAGCUGGACUAUCUUGUAGGAGCAAUUUCUAAUCCUAAAAGGCCAUUUGCAGCAAUUGUUGGUGGUUCAAAGGUGUCCUCUAAGAUCGGAGUGAUUGAAUCACUUUUGGAGAAGUGUGAUAUCUUGCUUUUGGGUGGAGGAAUGAUCUUCACAUUUUACAAGGCACAAGGUCUGUCAGUUGGGUCAUCCCUAGUGGAAGAAGACAAGCUGGAUCUUGCAACUUCCCUUAUUGCGAAGGCUAAGGCCAGAGGAGUUAGUCUCUUGUUACCUUCAGACGUGGUCGUGGCAGACAAGUUUGCUCCUGAUGCAGAUAGCAAGAUUGUGCCAGCAUCUGGUAUCCCAGAUGGCUGGAUGGGAUUGGAUAUUGGACCAGAUUCUAUCAAGACAUUUAAUGAUGCCUUGGAAACAACAAAGACUGUUAUUUGGAACGGACCAAUGGGAGUGUUUGAAUUUGAUAAGUUUGCUGUUGGCACAGAGGCUGUUGCAAAGAAGCUAGCCGAACUCAGUGGGAAGGGAGUGACAACUAUUAUUGGAGGUGGAGAUUCCGUUGCAGCUGUAGAGAAAGUUGGCGUUGCCGAUGUGAUGAGCCACAUAUCGACUGGUGGCGGUGCCAGUUUGGAGCUCUUGGAAGGCAAAGAGCUCCCUGGUGUCCUUGCCCUUGAUGAAGCUGUUCCAGUUGCUGUGUAA